AUGGAGCUGUUGCACGCGCAGUGGAUUCUCGAUAACCCGCAUGUUAAGCAGACCCGCAGCCCGCAGCUCACGGAGUUGCUGGUGAAGCUGCGUCAGGUGGCGUACGACGCCGACGACGUGCUCGACGAGCUGGAGUACUACCGCAUCCAGGAUGAUCUUGACGGCACCCAACACGCCACCAACGUGGAUGAUGAUGGCGGAGGCCUCUUACUCCAUGCCCGCUCCACUGCCAAUGCCAUCGGUAAAAGCCUCACAUGCUGCUCUUUCCCGUCUGCUGCUGAUGAUCCCCGUCACCGUACCCCGCGUGUUGGAGGAUCCCAAUACGCCAGCAAAUGGGCGGCGAUUUUUCUCAUGUGCCUGGCCAUCCAGGGCACAACAGAGAAAACAUGA